CGGAUGAUAGCGCUGUCCACGGCGUGCGCGUCCUUCCGGUUGUGUAUGCAAUGUUUAUGUUUCUUUGAAUGUACGAAACGUGUUUUCAUCGGCCUCAGAUUCAUGACACGCGAACGCAUGAUGGAUUCAACUUCAAUUUGACGCUUUUCUUUGCCUACAUCAGGACAUGUCAUUCAAAACUGGCAGGAAUGUUUCUGACGGGUUAGCAAGCCAACUGAGCUGAAGGUGUGAGAAGCGUUUCAUACUUUAGGGGUGGAGACUCUGGUUGCCAUGGACCAUGGACUGUUUGUGGAUCCCGACUUCCCUGCUGAUGACUCCUCCCUCUUCUGUGACUACACCACGCCCCUUUCCAGUCUGCUGGGUGAUGUGUCAUGGCUCCGCCCACAGGAAAUCUGUGAGCAUCCUCAGCUCUUCCCUGAUGACCCAGUGGAGGCCCACCCAAAGCAAGGCAUUCUGGGAGACUGCUGGUUGCUUUGUGCCUGCUCCAUGCUACUCAAGAACCAGCAUCUGUUGAACAAGGUAUUUCCACAUAAACAGAUUUUGUGGGAUGACAACGGUUACAGUGGAGAUUUCCGGUUCCGGUUCUGGCAGAACGGGCACUGGAUAGAGGUACGAGUGGAUGACCGUCUGCCCUGUAUCAAAGACACUCUCUGCUUCUCACGGUGCCAGAGCCCGAGGGCAUUCUGGGUGGCAUUGUUGGAGAAAGCAUAUGCCAAGUUACAUGGUUCAUAUGAGCGUUUGUGGGCGGGGCAAGUAUGUGAGGCCAUGGUGGGCAUGAGUGGAGCCAUAGCGGUACGAUGGAGUCUGAAAGGGGUGAAGUUGCCACAGCACCAAAGCAACAGCCAGAUUCAAGACGUGCCUAAUGGUAAUGGCAUGAACCUAUCGCAACUCUCGCUGGAGCUGAAGGAGCAAUGUGCCAUCAGCUGCUGUGUCCACAGCGCCCCUACAGGUGUCCCAGAGCUUGGCCAGUUCCACGCCAUGAGUGUGAUGGAAUGGACAAAUGUGACAACGACAACUGGAGAACAAGUUCAACUGAUCAGGAUACGAAACCCCUGGGGGAGGAAGAGCUGGAGCGGAGCAUGGAAGGAGAGUGGAUCAGGGUGGACUUCUUUGGAGCCCUCCUGUGCUCAGUCUCUACUGGGCCGCACGGCAGUGGGGGAAUUCUGGAUGGACGAGGCAGAAUUCCAGCAGGAAUUUGAUGAGGUCACAGUGGGUUAUCCAGUCAGUGAUUCAGGACACCUCCAGAGCAUCUACACUGGAAGUUUUCUAACCCAUAGCCACCAGAUUGGUGGCCGCUGGGUCAAAGGUCACUCUUCAGGUGGUUGCCGUAACAACAGCACUUUUAGCAGCAAUCCUAAGUACUGGUUGAAAGUGUGUGAGAAGGGAGAAGUCUUGCUGUCAUUGCUGCAGUAUGCACUUACUGAACCGCCAGCAGAAGGCAGCGUUCAGCAGCAUCCACACCUCCAGGCCAUUGCACUACAUGUAUGGAAGGUGGAGAAGAAACACUUUAACCUGAUGCAGACGUUGAACAAGCCACCACUUGUAUCACACACACAUGCGUAUGAUCGAGAAGUGGUUGUACACACUCAGCUGAGUCCUGGGUUUUACCUGCUGGUGCCCAGUACCUUCCUGCAGGGAGCUGAGGGCCGAUUCCUCUUAAGAGUUAAUUCUUCCUGUCCUACCUCCCUCAGUGUGAUGAAUUUGACGAAUCCUCCCCAGCAAUGCUCAGAGGGAGAGUGGGAAACCAUCAGUUCUCAUGGCUGUUGGACUGUCGGCUUGAAUGCAGGAGGAGGCCGGAACUUCCCCACACAUGGACAGAACCCCCACAUGCCACUUAGUGUGACAUAUGACCCUGGCGGUAACAACGUUAGGGUCACCCUACGUCAAAACAGGCUCGAAGAUGCCCUCCAUGCCAUCGGCUUCCAUAUUUAUAAGGUACCUGAUGGUGGCUCUCACUCCUUGUUAACCCCCGGUGCCAUGUCUCCGGUGGUUAGCUGUAUACCUCAUGCCCACUCCCAGGAGGUCAGUGUGUUCUGCCGUCUGCAGAAGGGCGAGUAUUUCGUAAUUCCCUCCACCUACCAGCCAGAACUCAGCGCACAAUUUACACUUACCCUUUCGCUCAGGAUGCAUCGAAAAUCAAUGCAGUGUCACGAGCAUCUUGGACGUGCCGUUCAGGAGGUCUCCUGUAUAUCUGUGAUGAGAAGAAAGUCUGGGCAAGGGGAUUAGUUGCCCAUGCUGAUGUGUGUUGAAGGUCUUCACCUCCAAUCGUAGGACAGGAGUCUCCGAAGUGUUACAAACAGUGUAGCCAUUUAAAACCUCAUCCACUGAGCUGAUCUCUCACAACAACCACUGAAGCUGCCAUACAGCUUCAGCCAGGCCCAGCAAGCCCAACAGAGACAUGACUCAGCAGAGAGACACACGCCCAUAGAGUGAUACACUUGAACAGAAUCUGCCCAGACUCCAAGAGACAGAAACAGCAAAGAGAGAAUAGAACAGAGAUAAGAGAAAAUGCAAACAACCAAGAGAGAACCAAAAAAAAUAAAAAAUAAAUACCAUUGAUGAUUGAAAUAUGUCAACCAGUUGAGAUUCAGCUGUAUAAUGGGUGUUAUAAUUUAGGCUAUGUACAUCUGAGAGCGAGAGAAAAAAUAUUGUAUCGAGGGGUGUUGUUAGGCACAAUGCAAAGUGGAGUUUUGUUGUCGCAACUUGUGCAUUAAUAUAUAAUUUAACCAACUGAAUUUAUCACUACUGUUUAAAGGUUUGGAAUCACAUAUUUGUAUGUUUUUGAAAGAAAAUGUGUAUUUCUUACGAUUUAUCAAGAAUUACAGUUUAGACACUUAUAGUAUUAAUGGUUAAAUGGCUAUUUCUACUCAUAUAAAUGCAGUAUUCUUCAUAAUUUCUGUUUACCCAAGAAUCCUCAACUUACAGCUGUUAGCACAUUACAAUGAUUUCUCAAUGAUUAGGUGACACUGUAUUUUGUUAGUAAUAACUGCUGAAAAUGUUGCUUUGCCAUUUUGGGCAAAAAUUUUAUUUUUAAAUAAAUAAGAAAUAUAUAUUUAAACUAGGGCUGUCGAUUUAACGCACCCGAGACACUACACAAGCAUGUCUGACGCAGGUGUAAAUUGACGGGUUCUCAAACAAGCCCUCAUAAUAAAUCUCCAACUGAUUGACAAAUUCACUUGUGAAAUGGAUUGUUGUGAACUGUAUGCCAAUGAUUGACUUAUGUUCAAUAAUAUAGUAGUAAACAAUACAUUACAUUCUAAAGCCGCUUUUUGUAUUGUCAAUGAUUAACUCUUCUGCUACAAGAAUGUAAUGCAUUUUAAUUAUCUGAAUAUUUGUUUUUAUUUUAUUUAUCUAAUUUUUAAAUAUUUAAAGAUAACUAUGUAUCAUUAUUUCAUCAUUAUAUAUUUACAUAUAUUGACAGCGAUUAUACAAGCGAUUGACAGCCCUAAUUUAAACAUCUAUUUCAAACAGUGAUAAAGUUUUUGGCAGUUGCUGAUCAAUGUUAUGCAUCCUUGGUGAACAGAAGCAUCAACUUAUUUCAAGAACAAAAAUGUAUUGGUGAUUCCAAUCUUUUAAAUGGUAGUGCAUUCGGCCAUGCUUGUGUGUAUUUUAUAUCGACAAAAAAUGUGUCAAGUCUUUUGUUACAUAAUGUAAAGCAGUUUUUGCUCUCGUUUUUUAUGAAUAACUUUGUCCUUUGAUUUGCGUCCAAAAGGAUGAACUGGGUGAAGGAAAGCAGAUGGGGGUAAUACUGGCCCAGAGAAAGAUUGAAAGACAAGGAUUGAAUAAGUGGGAGGGUACGCGGCUCUACUGAAGCUCUAACACUCUCUGAAGUAUGCCACAGAGUUGGGGCUCAUCACGCAGUCACUGCCCUGUCGGCCUCUUUUAGUGCUAAUAGCCUGUGUGACAGUCCGAAAGGCCCAUUAAGGCCACACUAGUGACGAACUUGCAGCGUCACUGCACACCCUGUCCCAGCCAGCACAUGGUGCUGCCACACAAUGAUUCACUGUGUGAAACAAAUAUACUGCUGUGAUAUACUUCUCCCUGUGUUCCUGUCUGUUAUAUAGG